AUGCCCCGCACCAAACAUCAUGCGAGAGAAGAAAGGGCCCUUGUGAAGCCCUUUCAGUGGCAUUUGGAGCCGAACUACAAUGGACUCAGCGAGGAGCAGGUCGUGAACCUAGGGCCCCAGGCCCAUUCCAUGCAGCACGAGCGUGUCCUCGCCACCAGCUCCACGCUGGCCGCGCGACUCGCGCGCUUCGGAAAGGUGGCUGAGAAGAACCCUGGCUAUGCUGCUGAUGACGUGUUUGUGGAAGAGGCUCAAGAAGGGUUGGUUCCGGGCCUGCCUGUAGUCCAUGUCGACUCCAGUGAAUACGCGGCCUAUUUGGGGCCCAGUGACAAUGGACUCCACAAAAUCUGCAUCCUGAAAAACGAGGAAACGCUCCGAUGCCCCAGGGAGAAGAUCCUUCCUUUUCCCGUAGAUCCAGGGAAACCAGGUGACUGGGUCCUGUACGUUGAUCCCCAUCCUUCUCAGUUUCAUUUUCUGGGUCGCUUGGGAAUGUGCCUCCAGCCGUGUGCUGUCGACGAUCCCAAGUUCAUGGGUGUUGCAGAGCAUGAGAAAGAGCUGUACCUGGUCCUCUUCCCCAACCAGCUGAACCCUGCUGAGGAAGGCGAUUUGACAGCGUUGCCGUGCCAUAAACUGGUCACUCUGCCAUCCAAGCCCCGAGAUGAUGUGGGGCCAUGGGAGUUUGCCAUGUCCCAGACUGCCAUGCCAGCGGUUUUGCCGCAGAUUUGCGACAGUGCUCAGAUUGAGGAAGCCGACGAAGCGUCGGAUGAGGAGAUUUCGGCGGUCGCCAUGGACAGUGAGGAUGAAUUGGGCUCCGGACCCAGGGCCUUCUUGAGCGCGGGGGAGCUGCGAGAGAUUUUGCAUGGUGAGAACUCGGGUGAAGUCCUGGUCGAGAUGCGCAGAGAGGUCCUGAGUCGCGUCACGUCUCGGAUGAAACGACGUUUCAAGCCACGUGAAAUGCUGCGGAGGGCCGUGAAGCAACGGAGGCACAGUGAAUCAACAGCAGAUGCAGCCCCAGCCGCUCCCAAUGAUGAAUCGACAUUGGCAGAAGGGGGUCAAGCCAGCCCAAGCAAGCGAUCAGUGGCAGCAGAUGCAGCCCCAGCGAAUGUGAACGACGGAUCGACGCUGGUCAAUGCAGCCGCAGCCGCUCAUUUGGCUCCAGCCAGCCCAAGCAAGGGAUCAGUGGCGGCAGCGCCAGACUCUUCCAACGAUGUCUCAAAGGUGCCAGACAUGGCUCUAACCACUCCAAACGAUGGAUCAAUGGCGGCAGAUGGAUCGACGCUGGUAGAUGCAGCCACAGCCGCUCAUGUGUCUUCAGCCAGCCCAAGCAAGGGAUCAGCGGCAGCAGCGCCAGACUCUUCCAACGAUGCCUCAAAGGUGCCAGACAUGGCUCUGACCAGUCCAAACGAGGGAUCAAUGGCGGCAGAUGCAGCCCCAGCCAGUGUGAACGGAUCGAUGAUGGUAGAUGGCAUAGCCAGUCCCAACGCGACAUCCAGGUUGGCACAUGUAGAUAGAUUUAUUGUCACGAACCACUCCACUGGAAGGGAGUAA